AUGAAUCCUACAGUUUCAUCAAUAAUUAUUGUUAACGAAAGUUCAACAACAAAUAUUGCUUCAUCAACAUCAAAUCAUCUCAGUUCUAUACGAACUAGUGAUAUUGUAUUUAGAGCAUCAUGUGCAGCAACCACUGUUACUUGCUUUUAUUGUAAUGGAUCAUUACAAAAUUUGGAUUCACAUGAUAAUCCAAUGAUUGAACAUGCUCGUUGGUUUCCGUAUUGUGCAUAUGCUAAACCACUGUGUGGUGAGGAAUUAUAUCGUAAAAUUCAAAAAUAUAAACGAAUUCAACAAAAACGUGUUAGAGCUAAAGAAUUAAGAGAAGAAGCAGGCUCAAAUGAUCUGAUAAAUAUUAAUGUAACACGAAAUGGUGGGAAAUUAUUAAUACCAGAUGAAUAUCAAAAUUUUAAAUUAUCUAUUAUAAAACAAUGUUGGGAAGAUCAAUUACGAAUAAAACAUGAUGAUUUUGUACCGGAUUGUGAUUUAUAUAUUGCUUGUUUAAUUCUUCGAAAACAAAUCAAACAUAUUGAUGGUAAAAAAGAAAAUAUUGUUAUACCGAGCAUAAAAAUGAAACAAAUAAGAGAACAAAAUGAUGAGUUUAUUAUAGAUAUGCUUCUCAUUUUAUGUUCUUAUUGUCUAGCGAUAGGAAUGAGCGAAGAAAAAUUAACUACAGCUAAAGAAGCUCAAUCCAUAGAAAAUCAUACAGAUGCCGAAGUGAAUAUAUCAUCGCAAUCAUUGACAAGCAGUGGUAAUGAACGUGACGCGCAAAAAAAUAAAAAAAUAACUAAUGUCAAUGAUCAAAGUCAAUCAAAUGAUUCUCAAUCAUCGAAUCUUUGUGUUCUUUGUAUAACAGAAGAAAAAAAUUUAGCUUGUAUACCAUGUGGCCACAUGUCAACAUGUGUCGCAUGUGGUCAUUCGUUGCGGUUGUGUCCAAUAUGUCGACGAGAGAUUGACGCAUUUAUUAGAAUUUACAUUUUAUAA